AUGAAGUCCGUGCUGUUCAGCCGCUUCUUCAUCCUCCUGCCCUGGAUCCUAAUCGUCAUCAUCAUGCUCGACGUGGACACGCGCAGGCCCGCGCCCCCGCUCACCCCGCGCCCCUACUUUUCUCCCUACGCGGUGGGCCGCGGGGGUGCCCGACUGCCGCUCCGCAGGGGCGGCCCCGACAGCAGCCCCGGGCGCGGCUGGCAGAAGCGCAACGAGUCGCGGCCACAAGCACGGCCGCGGCCCGAGCCGCCUCUGCCCACCAUCUAUGCCAUCACGCCCACCUACAGCCGCCCGGUGCAGAAAGCCGAGCUGACCCGCCUGGCCAACACUUUCCGCCAGGUGGCGCAGCUGCACUGGAUCCUGGUGGAGGACGCGGCGGCGCGCAGCGAGCUGGUGAGCCGCUUCCUGGCGCGGGCCGGGCUGCCCAGCACGCACCUGCACGUGCCCACACCGCGGCGCUACAAGAGGCCCGGAUUGCCGCGCGCCACGGAGCAGCGUAACGCGGGUCUCGCCUGGCUGCGCCAGAGGCACCAGUAUCAGCGCGCGCAGCCCGGGGUGCUCUUCUUCGCCGACGACGACAACACCUACAGUCUGGAGCUGUUUCAGGAGAUGCGAACUACACGUAAAGUCUCUGUCUGGCCAGUGGGCCUGGUUGGUGGGCGACGCUAUGAACGUCCGUUGGUGGAAAACGGCAAAGUCGUUGGCUGGUACACCGGCUGGAGAGCAGACAGGCCUUUUGCCAUCGACAUGGCAGGAUUUGCUGUGAGUCUUCAAGUCAUCUUGUCCAAUCCAAAAGCUGUAUUUAAGCGUCGUGGAUCCCAGCCAGGGAUGCAAGAAUCUGAUUUUCUAAAACAGAUAACAACAGUUGAAGAACUGGAACCAAAAGCAAGUAACUGCACUAAGGUUCUCGUGUGGCACACUCGGACAGAGAAGGUUAAUCUAGCCAACGAGCCAAAGUACCGCCUGGACACAGUGAAAAUUGAGGUAUAA